AUGGAGAAGCCAGCGACACAAGGUGCAGCUGUUUCUAGGCCUACAACCACAUUUGUACAAACCGACACAAACACUUUCCGAGAGAUUGUACAGCGCUUAACAGGUCCAUCAGAAACUGAUGCAUCACAGGAAGGCUCUCUCGACAGAAUUGGGAGCAUGAAGAUGAAGAGGCCAACAGUUUCACUGCACGAGAGAAGGCAGUGCCCAAGGCAGAAGCUUCAGAUAGUUAAACCCACCAUCCACUUCAAACCUGGUUCAUCAACUGACCAACAUUCCUCACUCUCCAAAUCAAUCAGCAAUUCUGAUGCCAUCUUAAGUCCGCUGGGAACCCCUACUUCAAAUUUCUCGAAGCUUUCCAUUAUUGAGCUACAAAACAUGGAACACACAUCUCCGCAGUUAAAUAAUCAAGAAGAAGAAAGAGCCAUAAGAGAAAGGAGAUUCUAUCUGCAUCCGUCUCCCCGUUCUAAGCCAGGGUUUACUGAACCAGAGUUAUUAAAUUUAUUCCCUUUAACUUCUCCUCAGACAAGUGAAGGAUCAUAACUUCAGCAGUAAA